AUGAACACCGAUAACGCUUCAAAAGACGCUAACCUCAUGGAAACGGAAACCGAUGACUCUCAAGCAAAAGACGAACAAAAAGAAGAACUCAGCGAGUCUAUGAAGAAAUUGGGCAUUGGAGGUUCCUCUUCUGGGAUUGGAAAUGGUUCACCUAACUUCAAAAGGAAGCCUGUUAUCAUCAUAGUUGUAGGAAUGGCAGGGAGUGGGAAAACUACAUUCCUUCAUAGGUUGGUUGCGCACACGCAUAUGUCCAACAUUAGGGGUUAUGUGAUGAAUCUUGACCCGGCUGUGUUGACACUUCCAUAUGGGGCUAAUAUUGAUAUAAGAGAUACUGUUAAGUAUAAAGAAGUCAUGAAGCAGUUCAACCUUGGCCCUAAUGGUGGAAUUUUGACUUCUCUUAACUUGUUUGCAACUAAGUUCGAUGAGGUAGUUUCUGUCAUUGAGAAACGAGCGGAUCAACUUGACUAUGUUCUUGUGGACACCCCUGGCCAGAUUGAGAUAUUCACUUGGUCUGCUUCUGGUGCUAUCAUCACGGAAGCUUUUGCCUCCACAUUUCCCACUGUAGUUGCCUAUGUGGUGGAUACACCUCGUGCGGAAAACCCCACCACUUUUAUGAGCAACAUGCUUUACGCUUGCAGUAUCCUCUAUAAGACAAGGCUACCUCUCAUCUUGGCAUUCAACAAGGUCGAUGUAGCAAAACACGAGUUUGCCUUGGAGUGGAUGAAAGAUUUUGAGGUUUUCCAAGCAGCAGCAAGUUCAGAUCAAUCAUACUCGUCAAAUUUAACUCAGAGCCUUUCUUUGGCACUAGAUGAAUUUUACAGUAACUUAAGGACAGCUGGAGUUUCUGCAGUUACUGGUGAAGGAAUUGAAGGCUUCUUCAAAGCUGUUGAUGCUAGUGCAGAGGAAUACAUGGAAAGCUAUAAGGCUGAUCUUGAUAAAAGACGUGAAGAGAAACUGCGAUUGGAGGAAAAUCGCAGGAAGGAGAACAUGGAUAAACUGAGGAAGGAGAUGGAGAAAUCUGGAGGAGAAACUGUAGUCUUGAGCACUGGUUUGAAAGACAAAAAGGAAGACGAGGAUGAUGAAGAGGAUGAGGAAAUGGAUGAUGAUGAUGACGACGACGAUGAUGUGAUAUAUUCUGACGAGGAGGGUGUUAUAGAUGAGGACGAAGAUGAAGAGGUUGGUAGGUUUUCCUUCUGA